AGGUCCCUGAGACCCCCGAGAUUACGCGUAACUCAGCAGGCAUCUCUGUGCAGAGCAAUGACGUCCCACAGAUUGCCAAGUGCAUCAGCAAGAACAGCUUCCCAUCCCCAAAUAUCACCUGGCACAAGAACGGGGAGCAGCUGNNNNUGUCCCCCGCAGAGGUGAAGAUGCAGUCCACGCUGACGCGGGAGUCCAGCGGGCUGUACACGGUGACCAGCGCUCUGCUGUCACACGUCACGCGGGAGGAUCGCGACUCGCUCUACCACUGCACCGUGCACUACUGGCUAAGGGGGCAGAGACGCUCCGUGGAGUCCAGGAAGGUCAACGUCACCGUCUUCUACCCCACGCAGCACCUGAAGCUGCAGGUCAUGCCGUCCUCAGAGCUGGUGAAGGAAGGGGACAGUGUGAAGCUGGUCUGCGAGGCAGAUGGGAACCCAGCUCCUUACUUCACCUUCUAUAAGAAAGAGGAUGACUGGCAGGACCUGUCGCCGCUGUCAGAGGCAGAGGGUGGGGUUCUGAACCUGCACGAUGUCAACAAGAGCAGCAGCGGCAUGUACAAGUGCCAGAGCCUGGACCUGGACGACAUGGGGCAGCUAGAGGAGGUCGUGGAGCUUGUUGUGAACUACAUCGAAGGGGUCCAGGUGAAGAUGGAGCCACCCACACCCGUCAAGGAAGGGGACGACGUGAAGCUGAGCUGUAAUGCCCACAGCCCCGUGGCACUGGAGUACCAGUGGAGGGACGAGAUGGGCAAGAAGGUGGCUCAGGGGAACCAGCUGUGGCUGAACAAUGUCACCUUUGAAAACUCCAAGAACUUCAGCUGUAAGGUGAUGGCUCGCAGCGUGCCGGGGCUGGAGCAGAGCAAGCAGGUGGCCGUGGACGUUCAGGGGAAGCCGCGGAUCGUGUCCAUCAGCUCCCCCCUGUACGUGCGGCAGGACGAGGUGGUGAACCUCACCUGCAGAGCCAUCGCCUUCCCGCGACCCUCCGUGCGCUGGAACGUCAACGGCACGGCUCACGAGUCCGUGGACAAUCGGCACGUCACCAGCAACCUGACGGUGCGCGUGAGCCACGACCUGCUGCGGGCCGGAGCCACGUGCCGCGUCUCCAACACGCUGGGGGUCAGCGAGAAGCACAUCCAGCUGCUGGAUCAGAAGUCCACGGCAGAGAGCAAAGGGGUGAUCAUCGUGGCCAUCAUCGUGGCCAUCCUCGUGGUGGCCGUGCUGGGCUCGGUCAUCUACUUCCUGCACAAGAAAGGCAAAAUCCCCUGCGGCCGCGCCGGGAAACAGGACAUCACAAAGCCAGAGGCACGUAAAGACAAGAUUGUAGUUGAAGUUAAGUCAGAUAAAGUGUCCGAAGAGGCCGGGCUCCUGCAGGGUGCCGACAAGAGAGCCGCCGCCGACCAGAGCGAGAAAUACAUCGAUCUGAGAAACUAA